CUAAAGGAGGAAGCAAAAAGGUGUUGGAAGAGGCAGCAACGGCAGACUUGGAAAUAACAGAAAUAAACAAGUUAACAGCAGAAGUUAUCCAGACUCCUUUAAAAAUCAUCAAGAAAGUGGAAAAAUCUAAACAGGACAUUGAAGCUAUUGAAGAAGAAGCAGAGCCUUCUUUGCUUCCUCUAGCAAAGAAAGCAAAACAUGAUAGCCAAUGUUUUCCCGAGCCGGAAGCUGAAAACAUUAAUCCAAGAACUGGAAAGGUGAAGGCAUCCACUAAAAAAGUGCCAAUGUCCAGGAGCAGAAGAGCUCCUUCAGCAAGAGUGAAGCGCAUGAGUAAAAGAUCAAGCAAAAACAACUUUAUCACUCCAGCUACUGGUAGAAUUGUUGAUCUCUCUGCUCGGGGAGGUACCUCACUGGUCACACCCAGAUUUGAUUCCAGAAUUUUCAAGACACCGGGUUUGCGCACACCCGCAGUAAAUGAACGUGUUUACACCAUCUCUGCCAAUGGCAGCCCCCUUGCUGCCAGCAACGACAUCUUCAUUACAGUCCCUGUUGGUGGAGGGGAGAGCAUUCGUUUAACAGCACGUGAUUUGACCAAGAAGAAUCUUCUUCAUCUGAAUCCAGAAGCCCAAGGAAUUAUGAAGAAGCUAUCAGUUCGUCUCGCUCAAGCUUGCAGUGGUGCAAAAAACCCAUAG